CAAGCUUUGGCGUCUUUUUUUUCUCUCUUUUCUUCUUUUCAUUGCGCGUCUCGCGGUUUGGUGCGUCAAUAGCGGUGCGCGACUUCCCCCCAACAGUCUACUCUCUACUCUUUUCGGUUCUCGUACGCUUUGACACGGGUUCCCGACGGUACACUGACGACUGCCCUGUCGUUGUGCCCGCCACAGACGAACCGCUCUGAUUGGCGGAGAUGAAAUCGUCAUAAAAACCGAGACAGAUUUUUUUUGAGCUCUAGGAUUAACGGAUUAUCAUAACUAGACGUGGUGUUUAGCUGUAAGGUGAUUUCGUCUGAUCGUCUUUGAGUGUAUGGGACGGCCGUUUCUGAAGGAUUAGCUGCUGUUUUCACACUGUAGAUUGCUUCGAGACUUGAAGUGUGCUUGACAUUUGGAUUAAUCUAUACAGGACAGCCGGCCCUUUCCCCAGCCAGCAUCGUGGACAUCAGGUCUGACCUCAUACCAACAGCAGUCCUGAGACAACAAUACAAAAACCUGCGACCUCUGAUGUUGUAGUCUUCCGUCAAACCGACGUCGGUCCGCCUAAUCUGUCGAUCAACAAGCACCUUCUUCCUUCCACUGCUACAUCAAAUUUGUCCCGGGGACAUCAGCCGUCGCUCCGCGUCCCCCGUGCCGGCCUGCUUCACACCUGUCCUAGUCGGUGGGCGGCGGUUGACGGAUUUACUGGCCCAGGAGACUGUCUCACAUCACGGUGAAGGGAGCGUGUGGCCUUGACAUAGAAACUAGUGCAGGUUGAAGAAGAAUUCUGUCUUUUCUUUUGCUGGCGUUGAAGAAAAAAAGGAAGCUGUAUAACACGCCAAAAAAAAAAAAAAAACAAAGAAAAAUAAAACAUUGUAUCACAUUUGUUUCGCUUCAGGACAGUGAGAUGGCUUAAUUCAGAAUGUAGCCGUACUUAAAACUGGGUUAAAUAGCUAACAGUGCAUUUGCCCGUGUGAUAUAUGGGCAUUGGUAAAGGAUCCAAACACUCGAAGACUUAAACGCUCUUAUUUAUUUGCGUUACACUUUUCCGAGAAUUUCUCAAGAUGAAGCAGCUAAAUCUUGCCCUGAGCUUGACAAUUGGUCUUCUUUUUAUCGUCGAUAUAGUCCCAAUCUCCUUCGCAUUGAAAGGGUGUUCUUUCAGACAUCGAGGCUGUACUUACAACAUCCAACUCAACCACAAAGACCACGAGAUUGAGUCUCGGAAUGAAGGAUGCCGGGAAAAGAACGAGGAGAUCACACUAGACCGCGCUCAGAACGAUUACACAGCCAAGAUUGACGACAUGGAGAAGAACUUCUCUUUUCUCAGAGAUGCCCAUGAACAAAGGAUCAAGGAACUGGAGAGUACAGUCCGCGAUUUGCUGGGUAUCGGGAAGAGUGGUGAGUUCGUGGCCAGAGACAAGGAUGGCGUGGAGAUCUCCCGUGGCUCCACCACCCACCUUAGCAGCGGCUUCUCCAUCAACAACAAAGAGCUCAUGGACAAGCUGGAGACGGAGUUCAACAAAUUGCGGGAAGCUGUCCGAAGCAAGAGUACAGAGCUCAUCGACACUCAGAUCAAGCUGAAUGAGACCAGUGUGGCUAUGCACGAGGCUCAGCUGAAGCACUUCAAGACAAGCCAGGAUCUUCUCAACACUGAGAACCAGUUAUUCCGCUCGGAGAGCACGUUGAAGGAGGAGCUGAUGACGGUACAGCUGACCAUGAACAUGACCAAGAACGAAAUGGCGGCGCUGCAGACCAAACACCGCGCGCUGAGAGGACGUCACGAGAGAGUCAGGUCCAUCAUGAAGAUUCGUGAACAGGAGCUCAUCAACUGCUACUCUGGUCACUUCAUGUUCAUCGAGGCAUCCGCUAAAGGACGGGGAAGUAACGCCAUCCUCUACUCACCCCUAUACCGAGGAAUGCAGGCUCAAUGCGUGGAGUUUUUCUACCACAUGAACGGCCGCCACAUCGGUACCCUCAACGUCUAUGCUCAGGCUCGCGGUGACGUCCUCAACUCUGCCUGGAGAGCCUACGGUAACCAGGGAGACGUGUGGACCAACGCACGAUUGGCUAUUCCCAGAGAACUGGCUAUGGCCGGCUACCAGCUUGCCUUUGAAGGCAUAACAGAAAACGGUUAUCAAGGCGACAUGGCUAUUGAUGACGUCAGUGUUACAGACGGACCGUGCCCAAUGGACGAGACCGUGGUGCCAGUCAAGGUCAAGGUCAACUCCACAACAGUCAUCAAAGAAGGCAAAUCGUUUGCGCGCAAGCUCAGAAGAAAGAGAAAGAGGCUUUCAUGAAGAGGGAACGUUAAUCGCGCCUAAUUUUGCUCUGGGAGAGAUUCUGUGACCUGUACUUUCUCAAGCACUGUGGAUGGGGAGGGGAGAGUAAUAAUGUGAAUGCACUUUUUUAAAAAUUUUGUUUUCGAGGAUUAUGUGGAAUGAUUUUAAAAGAUACACAUUGUCAUUAUAAUCUUGGUCCGUUAUAGUUUAAAACCACCAUUAAAGAUUCAAACAAGGACAUUUACAAUUUUUGUGGCAAAUACAAUGCACAUUCUUUUAGAUGUUUAGAUCCCUGAACACUACGUAACAAAACAACUUAAGAAGAUGUACAGAAUAAACAAGCCAUUGCUGGCUGCCACGGGUAAACGUGUCUUGUACGAGAGACACACUCAAGUGACACGCACUAUCAAAAUGUUUCAACGUUCCUUGGCAUCAUUUUUGAGCCCCAGCCCACUAACCUCUUUCCCACUCGAGAAAGACGAGAGGGAAUGGAAGAGAUCGAAUGUUGUUAUAGGUUUUUCAAACCCUAGACUUAUUUGGAUACAAUGCGUUGUUCUGGGAAAAAAAUGAGCGUUAAAAACUUCAUUAAUUUUUAUGUAUGCAAUUUCCUUUCUACAUUUCAACCCUCCCUUUUAUUGUAUUCCUCUUUUAUCUUGGCCUAAAGAAAGGGGACAUUAUUGUAUUAUGUCUUAGAUACGUGGUUGGGGAAACAUGCUUUAAGUUAGAAAAUACUACAUUUCAUUACCCUUCUAUCACAAUAACCGUAUGAUUUAGCUGAACACCUUUCAUAAUAUUUAGAACAUUAUUGAAUGCAAGCCAUACAAAAAUUAAAUCGCAUUUUUACUUUUUUUCCACCUGCCCCUUUUGGAAGUUGAAUUAAAAAUUCCCCAGUAAUUUGAUGGUCGCUUUUAAAGUUACUGUAGCACAAACGAGAGAUAGCUCUUUGACCCAGAAACUGUCCUUUAUAAUGUGCUCUGUCUUUCCAACACAACUGCAGUCAUUUUCAGUCUGUCUUUGUUGAAUUUCUUAAUUUAAUUAUAUAGGGCAAAGUAAAAAUAUAUUGCAAAACUGAGUUUGUAAAUAUUUGUAAACUGGCUAUCGAUAACGACCUAAACUAAUAUUAACACCAUGGAAAUAAACAUCUAGAUAUUAACAGAAAACUCUUUAGUAUAUUAAUUCGAUUGAUGAUAACUGAUACGAACAGUAUUGACAGAAGAAUUAUGACCUUUUAUAGUUAGGAACAUUCACAGAGAUAAAUCUGAGUAGCGGCUCAUCGAUGAAAGUACAAAGUAGUAUAAGACAUUAUGAUAGACGACCGAACAAGGAAUAAUCUUUUUAUAUUCCACAAACAUGUCUUCAUCACCAUGAUUUACAUGUUUAUACCUUAAAAAAAGGCAAAAACACUCUCUGCUUUGUAUAGUUUAUGUUUCUUCUUGGCAAAUGUUUCUGUGUUCAUGUUAUGUUGAAAAAAGUGUAUCUUUUCUACUCUAACAUAGAUACUAGCGGGCCUUGAGCAAAACAAAAUUUUAGAAUACUGUGAGAUACUAUUGUAUUAUAAUUCAAGUACUGUAUACCUCAUGAAUGUUUGCUACAAUAAUACUACGAACUUGAAGAACACGGCAGACUGAUUUUCGUUGUACAUGUAAAUUGAAUAACCAAUUCGACUUAUCAUUGUAUCUAUACAAGUGUUAUGGUUUGUAAUAGAGUGCACUCACACAAUUAACAGAAAAUAAGUUGCACUUUUGGAAGCACGUCUUCUAAGUCAAGAUUUUCAGCUGAGAUGAGUAUUGGAUGGUCUGAACUACUCUUCAUUCGGCUGCCAAAUUACAAAAUUAACCACCAUGCUCUAUUUUCACGUUCGCAUACUUUGUAAAAUACGGUUUCAUGUCUAUGUCAUUAUUCUGUACUCGACUCUACUCUAAGGGGCACAUUUGUCAGAUAACAAUGUUCAUGGGGGUUUUAUUGACCAUAUCUGUCUGUUUUAUAAUUACUUAUGUUAGUUAAUGAAAAUACAUGUACAAAAAUAGGAAUGCAACCAUGCGGCAACUAAUAGUCUUGUCUUGGUUCAGCAAUCAUUUUUUUAAAAUUCAUCAACGAAACUCCCAUUUAAUUCUCUCUGUUGAUGAUCCUAUGAAAUGCACAAGCUGAUACAUCAACAAAACUAGAACACAUAAAUCAAUGGAAGGACUGAAAGAUAAAAACUAUUCCUUUCACAGUAUCCCCAAGCCUCUGGCCCUUUAUCUUCGUGUGUCUCUAGUGCUCUGCCCUACUUCUUUCUGUCAAACGAACCCACUGGUUAAUUUGGACCCCUCAUUCUGAAAAGUAUGCAUCUCACAUAACGUCAUGGUGACCUAAUUAUACCCCCAAGGACAGUGGGGACCGCCCAUGUUCGUGCUGGGUCAAGUACGUUCUGAAAUAGGGGGCAAGUUCAUUUUGCAAGUAUGAGUAUAACGUCCUUCCAACACUAUCGUAUAAACUGUUCCUUUUAUGAAACUUUGUUUCGCAGUGGGCGUAAUUUAUAUUUUAAUGACUCUAAUGUUUGUAUGUCCUUGUAGCAAGCCUCUCUCAUUCCCAACUCGUCUCUAUGUCACAUAUUCAUUGUAAAUAUCCUGCCGAUAUUAUUAGUUUUGUGUUCGAAGUGAUUAUGAUCUCUGUCGUGCUUCCUUGAGCAAUGUAAACAUGCAUGUGUAUUUGAAAGAAUAGGCUAAACGUUUCCUAAGUCUUGCUUUCAAAUAAACGAUUCUCUGCUUUAUCUGGCUCUUUUAUAUUUUGCACGCACCUCACUCGGUUGUUUCUCGCGUCUAUCCAUGACAUAUGCAAUGAUAAUAUCACUGCCUCAAUAAACAAUCUUUAGAUAAUUAUCAA